AUGGGGCUGAGCUCCUCCAAGGGGCACCCCAAGGUGACCAGGGUGGCCCCAGUGCCCCCCCGGGGGGAUGUGCCCGCUCUGAGUGCCCUGCAGGGGCUGCCCAGAGAGCCAGGACAGUCCAACCCACACCCCCCAGUGCCCAUCUUCCACCUGGAGCUUCCACCCCUGCGGGAGACCCGGCACGGGAGAGCCUGUGUAGGGCCCCUCUCCCUGAACACCUUGCCAGGAAAGGAUGGGAGCAGCAUCAUCAAGCAGCACCCACCCCGAAAGCCUCAGAGGCUUGAACCUGCCAUCCCUGCACAAGCAAUCACUCCUGCAGAGCCCUGGAGCCAGCCAGAAGUGGCUGCAAGCCCAAAACCAAAGGUGCUGGAGAAGAGGGGACAAAGCCUGAAUCCCCUCCCUGGAAGGAGGCAGCAUUUGCACAAGCUUCAGAUGCUGGACUUGACCCGCAGGAGACGAGAGGCGGAGCUGAAGCGGAAUCUCCACAGGGAGGCAAAAACCAGCGAGCAAAAAAUGAAGGAACUCAGCCCCAAGGAUGCCCUUGACACUCCCCAGAGAGGUGGCAGCACCAGAAGCCCAGACCCCAUCCCUGCUGAGCACAAUCAGCUUUUUCCUGAACACCACCCUGGAAACACGUGGGGUGGAGGACUCUCCAGGCAGCCUGGCAGGGCUGAGCUCUCCCCAGGCAGCAAGGACAAGGUUGACCUGUGGUUCUGCAGGGAGCAGCGGAGCAGGGAUGUGUUCUGGGACUCCUCCAGCACGGGGUCAGAGGAGGGGGAGAGGGAAGAGAAGAUUCACCACAAACCCACACUGGUGAGGACCAGGACAGAGAGGAUUUCCCUGUUUGAUGACUUCUUUGACAGGGAUUUCUAG